AUGAGCACCAAUGAAAAUAACAGUGAAGUGGCCGUCGACAAGGUCGGUGAUGAGAAGGGUGACGCUAAAAGUGACCUAAAAGGAGCCAAAAGGGCAGCAGAGGAAAAAGUGACGGAAGCGAAAAAGGCGCGAAAGGAAGAAAACGGCGGCGGUGGAGAUGACGAGCCUCACAGUGACGAAGAAGACCUAGAAGGAGAAGGCGAAGAAGACGACGAUGAAGAAGUAGAAGGAGAAGAGGACGAUGAAGAAAUUAUUGGAGAAGGAGAAGAGGAUGAUCUCGAAGGCGAAGAGGAGGACGUCGAAGAGGAGAUGCUCGACGAAGAGGAGGAGGACGCGUAA